GCGAACUACUUCAUAUUCCCAACAAACCGAACAAGACUUCACCAUCUCUCACUAUACCGCCCUUGAUGGAUUGCCCCCUACCAAAAUGAGCCAGGACUACUAUAAAGGAAAGGGAAAGUCUUCCGACAGCAGCGAAAGCCGUGAGAAAGAGCAGAAGGAGCAGCGCGAGCAGCAACUACCGACCGCUUCCGGCCCGCCGAAAUAUGUCACUGUAGGCAAUGGUUCAACAUCUGAAAAUGCGGCUCGCCUGAAAGCUCUUCUUGACCGACAAGAUCAUGACUCGGGAUAUGGCGGUAGUAUAAUGGGCGAGAGUGCGACUGGACCAGCCCCAUGGAGUCCGAUCAUGACCGAAGACAGACCGACGCCGUCGCACACCCCAACAUAUCACGGCCAGUCCAGUGCCGCAUCUGAGAACGAACGGAGGGUACAAGCUGCUGCGAUCCAUCAGCUUUGGUACAACUCACACCGCGGAGCGCUUGCGAGAUAUAUUAACAAUGUGGUCGAAACACUGAAGGAACUUCAACAGUUCAACGCCAAAUGGCCGGCCCAUUACCCCUCUGUUCAAGGGGCGGAAACUCUGACCAGGGCGAACCAGACGCCGCAACCCAGCCUAACUCGCUCACAAUCGACGUUCUCGAAUCCCUCGAAUCGCAGUGUGUCACCAAGACCUGGACUUAUGCGACGAGCGGCGACGUCCCUGGCAGAAUCCUCGGAGGCGGAAUCAAGCUCAGCUGCCGAGCAACGAACGGUACCAGAACCCAGGCUGAUUACGCCGCAAAUAGCACAAGAUUUUUCGAUAUUGAAGCUUGACCUCAAGCUUGGGGCUCUUCACCAAGUGGAACUGGUACACUCUCUCGAAAAAGGAUCUAUUGCUGCGCUGUUGGACGGAAAGAUUAGCUCCAGCAUCAAGCAUCUUCUGUCGCUCAGGGAAAGGAUUGAGGAUACAUCAAGCAAAGUCCUUGUUACUGGAGACUUGAAUGCCGGCAAAUCAACAUUCUGCAAUGCGCUUUUGAGAAGGAAGAUCCUGCCGGAAGAUCAGCAACCAUGCACGAGUCUGUUUUGCGAAGUUCUGGACGCUCGUGAAAACGGAGGAAUCGAGGAGGUCCACGCCAUACAUAAGGAUAGCGAAUACAACCGUCAUGACGAGAGCACCUUCGAUGUUUUCUCGUUGGCCGAACUUGAGCGCAUAGUCAUCGACAAUGAAACGUACACGCAAUGCAAGGUCUACGUCAAGGACGUGAGAACAAUCGACGAGUCAUUGCUCAACAAUGGCGUCGUUGAUAUCUCACUGAUUGAUGCGCCUGGCCUCAACUUCGAUACCACCAAGACCACUGCCGUCUUUGCCCGGCAAGAGGAGAUUGACGUUGUUGUCUUCGUCGUAAAUGCCGCCAACCACUUCACUUUGACGGCCAGGGAAUUUAUCGGGGCAGCAGCGGCGGAAAAAGCUUAUAUUUUCAUCGUCGUUAACGGCUAUGAUAAUAUCAAGGACAAGCAAAGGUGCCAGAAGCUGAUAUUGGACCAAGUCGCGGGCCUUAGUCCUCGAACCCACAAAGAGUCCUCGGAACUUGUACACUUCGUGUCCAGCAAUGCCGUCCCAACUGCUCCUCUAGGAGGACGUGGCGGCGGCGGCGGUGGGGGGGACGACCCUGACCAUGACGACGACGACAAUUCAAAGAAGUAUAAAGGCAAGGAGAAGGAGAAGGUUCAGGACUUUGAGGCACUCGAGCAAUCACUUCGCAGAUUUGUAUUGGAAAAACGAGCGCGGUCUAAACUUGCGCCCGCAAAGACAUACCUCCUUAAUAUGCUCGGAGACGUCCAUGCCCUCGCCAGCGUCAACGUCGAUGUCGCACAAGCUGAGUUGGACCGCGUCACAAAGGAGCUUGAAGAACUGGAACCUAUCCUUGAGGCAUCGCAGAACGCGAAGUCUGAGGUCAGCGAUGACAUUGACCAGACGAUCGAAAAGACGUGCAAGGAAAUCUACGACUACACCCGCUCGACGCUCGUAUCAACAAUAAGCCACGCAGCCGAGGCAGAUUUGGGCAUUCAAUACAAGGGCGUAUUUGGUGCGUUUGAUUUUGCGGAGGAAAUUAAGGAGGCCAUAUUAUCCCAGAUCUCGACUUCCGUUACUCAAUGCGAGGAGCACGCGCGCCAGCAAACGGUACAAGGAGUGAACACUAUCAAGCAACUCGGACUUAUCCACCUUGGUGAUGAGUACACAGAUCUCAGCUUCCGCAGCGACGUCAUGUUCCGACGCAAACGCGACAUGCUUGCCAGGGAAGUCCACGUUGAAACCGAGGUGUGGGAUUUCUUUGACUGGUCCACCAUCCUCCACCGACAAGAGAAGGUCGCAGGCACAGGCAUGGCAAUGACCGUCGUAACAGUGGUCGGGACACGCAUGGUGGGAGGCUUUGGAUGGGUCGACGGGGCUCUCGGCGCGGCUAAGCUUGUUGGAAAUAACAAUCUCCGCAAGCUGAUUGUGCCUGGCGUUCUCGCCGCAGCCAUCGCCGCAGCCGCCUACGUCCUCGCCCAAAUCCCACACUCCCUCCCCCGCCGCCUCGCAACCAAGAUCUCGGUCCAACUCGAGGAAAUCGACUACGUUCACGCCAACUCUACACGCAUCACCUCCUCCGUUCGCAAAGUCCUCCACUUCCCCGCCGACAACCUACGCGUCGGCCUGCAGCGCAGCGUCGAGCACCUCGGCAUCAAGAGGGAGGAGACGCUGAAGACGCGCGGCGAGAGCGAGGUCGCGCGCAAGUACUUUGGGAAUCUCGUUAACCAGAGCGCCAAGCUGCGCAGCAGUGUCGAGGCUGUGGAUCUUGAGGGCCCGGCGCCGGGUGUGGCGGCAGCUUAUGAUAAUCUUUGAUGAUCUCCGAGAAUACCAAUGUCGAUUUUCGAUGGGAGAUUUGUUUUUUUGCGGGAUAGGGGGGGCGUCAGGGGGGGCAGAAUUGCCAUUACCAUAAAUCAGACUGAAGUCGGUCCCUAUAAUUUAACACUCGUUAUUGGUGCGGAGGAAGACGGGUCCUGUAAGGGGGAGUUGGCUACUUUUUGUGAUGGCAUCUUUUUGCGAGAUCGGUAUUGUACAAAUGCACGUUUGCAGGCCUACGCCACACACUCAUCUUCGUUGUCUAUAAUUCACCAGGAGGGGAUGGGUUAUUAGUACAUAGCUUUUCCCAGAUGGAAAAAUAAAUGAUAUCA